AAUUUACCCGGUCACGAAAUAAGCAAACACGAAACCCAGACACACAAAAAGCCUUUCAGUUAUUGUUAUCAUGUCCAAAGAUCUGUGGUUCGUAAUUUCCAUUGAAUUAUUCAUGUUCGUUUGCUAUGCGGCCUUGGGACGGUACCGAAACGAGAUUAUACGUACCGAUUAUGCCAGUAAGUACUUAGAUCCAGUUAUGGAUGGUCUUAGAAGAACGAUAUUCUCCACAAAAAACUUCCCCAAUAUGGAUUUGUUUAAAUUCUCCUUAUUCAUUUUGUUUAUCCAGUGUUUCCUGUUUUUAUUAUUUCUGGCUUUUGGUGCUUAUACUUUAAUCGCGGAUGCUUCCAGUUUGGGAAACAGCAUUAAUCCAACUUAUGGAGGCUUCAACCAUCAAGCCUUUAAUGUUAUGUCCAGAUUUCAUCCAAGACAUCCACGUAAUGAUCUUUGUGGGAUUUGGAUUUUUAAUGGUAUUUUUGAAGAAAUAUGGAUACAGUUCUUUGGGUUUUAAUUUUUUGUUGGCUGCACUAGUGGUGCAAUGGAGCAUCUUGUGCCAGGGCUUUUACGAGCUUAACAGUGAUUAUAAAAUCGAAAUUGGACUUACUAACUUAUAUAAGGCCGAUGUGGCUACAGCUACAGUACUAAUUUCAAUGGGUGCAGUCCUAGGCAGAACCUCACACAACCAAUUGGUUUUAAUGGGCCUAUUAGAAAUUGCAGCUUAUUGUUUGAACAAUGAAAUCAAUGUAAAAUAUUUAAAGGCAGUAGAUGUUGGAGGUUCCAUAACAAUUCACACCUUUGGAGCUUACUUCGGCCUGGCAGUCAGCUAUGUUUUGGCUAAAAAGCAUCAGACAGAAGAACCCAAUUUGCCCCAAUCCUCAUACACAUCAAACAUCCUAGCAAUGUUGGGUACCAUCUUCUUGUGGGUCUACUGGCCCAGCUUUAAUUCAAUUGACUUGGAAAAGGACAGAGCCCAUAGAGCCAUCGUCAAUACUUAUUUGUCUUUGGCUGCCAGUUGCGUGGUCACUUUUGCCGCUUCGCAAAUGGGUUCCAAGAACCACAAAUUCGAUAUUGUACACAUUCAGAAUUCGACUUUGGCUGGUGGAGUGGCUAUAGGGGCUUGUGCUCACUUGAUGGUUCAACCUUAUGGGGCUGUUUUUAUUGGAAUGAUUGCUGGAUUGUUCUCGGUUUAUGGAUAUACAACAAUUUCAGCAUUUUUGGAAUCGAAAUUUAAAAUCCUAGACACUUGUGGUGUUAAUAAUUUGCAUGGGAUUCCUGGUAUUUUAGGUGGGCUGAUUUCCAUUAUCAUGGCAGCUAUUGCUACAGAGCAACAAUAUCAAAAAACACUCUACGAGGUAUUUCCAGCUAGAGCCAAUCCAAUAAUAUCCCAAAAUCCUGAAUACAUUCACCUCCAAGCUGGUGAUGGAAGAAGCGCAAGUCAACAGGCUGGAUAUCAAGCCCUUCUAAUAAUCGUCACAAUUUCAAUUGCGAUUGUUUCUGGACUAAUUUCUGGAAUAUGUCUAAUGAAUUUCAGCCUCUGGAAUAAUAUCAGUCCAGAUUCUUUCUAUGAUGAUUCAGUUUUCUGGGAUUUGCAAGUCAAUGAUGAUGUUGAAACCGAUUAUAGGCCAACCAAGUGGAGAGUCAAAGAGAAAAACAUAUCAAAGAUAUCAGUUCAAUAAUAAAACCCCAAUUAUUCAGUUUAAAAAAAAAAGUAUUUAUCGGAGAACAAUUAAUUAAGUACUGAUAAUCUGACAGUAUAUCAAACUACACAAUAAUUAUCUUAAAUAUUACACGCAGUCAGCUUAUUGUUGUCUUUAAGUUAGUCUUUUUAUAAAUAUAAUAAAUAUAUUCCUUAACACUUAUAGGAUAGUUUAACAUUUAGGAAACCUAAAAACUAUAGGAAAAUAUUGUUUAAAAUGAGUAAUUCUAACUAUAAUAGUUCUCACUCAUUUAGAACCAGAGAUUUUUCAAACUAUUACAGGCUGUAGUUAAUUAUUAUCAAUUUGUGAUAUGUAAAGAGAUAAAAAUAGGUUUAAUUGGCAAUCACACAACCCUGUUUUUUUUUUGAUAUGAGUGAAAAAACGCAUCGAAAAAGGUAGAUAGAGAGUCAAAAAUCAUCAACAAUUCCACUUACAUUAAAGAUUAAUAAUAAUAAUAAUAAUAAUAAUAAUUUGCCCAUUGCUGCUACAGUAAAUACAAUAUUUCAUAAAAUACAAUAAAUAGUUUCGACCACCAUUUAACAAACAAAUUUUCCAUAUAAAAAUCGACUUUUUUCUAUGUACAAUCUGGCAACAAACAUCUCUGAAACCCUUAUGUAAUUUAGACCUCCAUAAUCCAGUUUAGCACCAGCAACAAUUUAACCAUUUACUGUUGACUUCAUCAUCCUUUUGCUAUAUAAUUGUAUCUCACCUGCUCUUAAGACAUUUGAGUAACAUUGGAGCCUCCUUUUCAUUAUGCAAAUCAAUCGGUACAGUUUCCAGCAGUGGGUACCAUUGGGCAAUAGGUUUCCGAGGAUUUUCCAGCAUUUCCAGCCAGUGGUCGCGUCCUUUGCCCGGAUCAGAAGGGCCA